AUGCCAAAAGANAAACGUUUUUCUGUAACACAACACAUAGCCACUGAAAAACACCAAAGAGGAGUUAAUCGUACAGAAAACAAAAAAAAAACUCAGCAACUUAUUAUCUCAAAAGAUUCGUCAUCUAAAUCGUCAUUUAAUAAUGAUUUAUGUAAAGCCAUGCUUAGUGCUAACAUCCCGUUAAAUAAAUUAAGUAAUACAUAUUUCAAACAAUUUUUGAUAAAAUAUACUGGACAAAAUAUUCCAGAUCAAACAACAUUACGCAAAGUUAAUGUUGACCAUUGUUACCAGGAAGUUUUAAACGAAAUAAGACAAAAAGUAGCGGGAAAGAAAAUUUGGGUCUCAAUAGAUGAGACAACAGAUGCCGAGGGCCGCUUUAUUGCUUCAGUUAUUAUCGGUACAUUACUCCUCGAUCGUCCAGGUGAAAUUUUUUUAUUUAACCUCGAACAAUUACAGAAAACAAAUCAUAGUACAAUAUGUUCCCUAUUUGAAAAUUCACUUUAUUUAUUAUGGCCUGACGGAAUAAGACGAAACGAUGUAUUGCUGUUUUUAAGUGAUGCUGCGCCUUAUAUGGUGAAGGCUGGUGAUACAUUAAAAGUGUUGUAUCCAAAAAUGGUUCACGUAACUUGUACUUCCCAUGGAUUACAUAGAGUCGCUGAACAAAUACGUAUUCAAUUUCCAAAAGUUGAUAAACUGGUAGCAAAUGUUAAACGAGUAUUCAAAAAGGCGCCUUAUCGUGUUCAAAAAUUUCAUACUGAUGCACCGAAUAUAUCACUACCUCCUGAACCUAUUCUGACACGUUGGGGUACGUGGAUUUCUGCCGUAUUAUAUUAUAGUGAAAACUUUCAAACUGUAAAAAACAUAAUUGAAAGUUUUGAUGAGAAUGAUGCGCUUUCCAUAAAAAAUGCUCAAAAAUAUUUUAAAAUUACUCAAAUGAAAGGAAACUUGACUUUUAUACAUUCGAAUUUUGCAUGUCUUCCCAUAGCUAUAACGCGUCUACAAAAACAAGGUAUACCCUUAUCUGAAGGUAUUGCAAUCAUACAAGAUAUUUCAUCAAAGUUUAGUCAAUUAACAGGUACCGCUGGAAUUGAUAUUAAUAAAAAAUUACAAACAGUUCUCAACAAAAACAAAGGAUUUCAAAUUGUUUGUAAUAUUUCAAAAAUAUUAACUGGCGAAGAAGAGAAUGUAGGUGAUUUGGAUAUACCAGAAGAUUUAACCAGUAGCGACAUGGCGUAUUUUAAGUUUGCACCAAUAACAUCCGCAGAUGUAGAACGAUCGUUUUCUUUAUAUAAGAAUAUAUUGGCACCAAACAGGAGGUCUUUCAAGUUUGAAAAUCUCAAAAAAUCAUUAAUCGUACAAUGCAAUAAUUACUUUAGAGGUAAAUUUAUUAAAUAUUAAAUUUAUAUUUAUAUUUAUAUUUAUUUUUUUUAUAUAGAUGCCGUAAAUGACGAUGAUGAAGAUCGCAAUUAAUUUAAAUUUAUAUAAACAUGUAAUACCCAUAAAUUUUUAACAAUUAUAUUUAGUAUUUAAAAAAAUAUUUUUUGUUGUUUUUUGUAUAUUUUUGAAAAAUUAGUACAUAUUUUACGAAAUUUUAAUAGCAUAUUUUUAUGCACGUUUUGAUAUUUUUAGUGCAUAUUUUGAUAUUUUUUAGUGCAUAUUUUCAUGCAUAUUUUGACAUUUUUUAGUGCAUUAAAUUCACAGCCCUGGUUAUAAAUUAAUAUAUUUUGGAAAACAUUUUCUAAAUGUGGCCUCCGGUCGUUUAAUGAAUACUAAUUUAAUAUAAUAUAGAAACAAAUUUAAAAAAUUUGCUAUUUAAUUUUAUUUAAUACUAAUGUACUAAAUGUAUUUAGAUAAAAACGUAUAAGAGAGCGUAUUGAAAAAGUCAACUAGAGUGGAUACGCAACUCAAUAUAAGUCGAUAAGUCAACUAAAAUAGUACGCAACUCGGAUGCGCCGUUCCAUCCACCUGUUUUGAAUCUAUUUUUUGAUCCAUUUUUUUUCUGAAGCACGACACACAAAAUAUUUCGUCAUUGCUAUAAUAGGGUCCGAGUUUCCGUUUAUCGUUGCACGGCAGACCGUUUCACAGAAACCGGCGAAAUUCAAUUUCGGAACCGUUCAUAUUGUUUCCGUCUCGGACCGUAAGUUUUAGGGUUUUUUUUCAGUGAGCUUUUAACGGGUAGCCGUAUUGUCGAUCCGCAGAGUUUGACGCGAAUUCGAAGUAUUUUUAGUCUCCGAUUUGUCGACGAAUAAAUUGAAAAACUCUGAAAUCCAAACGGUUGUCGAAAGUCGACACAUCGUUCAAACGUUCUUGGUUUUUGGUUUUAGUUGAAUAAUAUGCGCUUCGGCGGAUUUUGACAGACAUCAAUCGUGAAGCGUAUUUUAUUCGAAAAAUUAUACAUAACUAUGAGUAUCAAAUAUUCAGAAAUAACCUUGAAAAUGUUUUCUCGUUGCGCCAUCGAAUGCAAGUAGGUAUAUAAAUAGCGUAUUUAGAAGGGGAGGAAGGUCAGGGAGAAAUUAUUACUCUCUCCUUAAACUUUUUAUGUUACCUAUAUCUAUUAUUCGUUAAUACGAUUUCCUAUUUUAUAAAUUCGAUUUUUGUUUUUUACUUUCUAGUCAGAAAAAUCGAAAAAUGCGUGGCUACGUACACAGUAAAUAAUACAUUACAUAAAAUACCUGAACGUAUACAUUGGUUCGUUUAAAAAGAGACUCGCCAUCUGCAGAACCAUUAUAAUACAAAGGUGGUUAUAUAUUACCUAAAUAAACUAAUACGGUUAUUUAUGUAAUAGUUUUUCGAUUUCAGUUUUAAUUUUAGACCGGAUUGAAUAAUAACAUCAAAUAACUUACAAAAAUAUAUUAAUUAAUAUCGAUUUUUAGAUUCUGAACGAAUAGAAUACUACGAUUUGUUUUGUGCGUCUGUAAACAAUUUUUUCUACUAAGAAUCUCGUACCGAUCGAAAAAUGCAUAGGUAAUGAAAUAUAUGACCGAUAGACGGAUUCUAAACAGAGUGUUAUCAUACUCUGUUUAGGAUCUGUUCUCGUUAGCGAUGGUUUAUCGUUGCCGUACAGGUAUAAAUUAAAUUACUUUACACAAUAUCCUCACUUUCAACAGCCUAACAGCAUCUGGAGUAUCAGUUUAUUUUCUUAUUAG